CUUGCAGAAGCUACUUCCGGGUUUAUAUUUUCACAAAAAAGAUGAAAUGAUAUCUAAAAUCUAGACAGAUAUCUAUCUCAAGGGUGUCAACAGUCCCAAAGGUUUUCUGGAGAUUUUUCUAGUCACAUUGACCAAGAACCUUAACAUUCUGGCACAAACACAAAAUGAGGCUGUACUGCCUGUCAGGUCACCCCAACAGACCAUGUUUCAUCCUGAAGUUCAAAAGUGUCACUAUAAUGCUAGACUGUGGCCUGGAUACUACUUCUCUUCUCAGUUUUCUACCCAUACCUGUUGUUCCAAGCCAGAAGUUGUCAAAACUGUCUAAUUGGGUAGCAAAGGGAGACAAAGAGGUUAAGCUAGCAGCUAAAGAGCUGAAGGAGAAUGGAGGACGUGUUUUCAUAGACAGUCCCCCUGAGUUUUAUAUUCCAGAAAUUGAUAUGACUGAUCUGUCUGAAGUGGACGUGAUAUUAAUAUCCAACUCUAAUUGUAUGAUGAGCCUUCCAUACAUCACUCAGCACUCUGGCUUUAAAGGGGUAGUCUAUGCUACAGAACCCACACUUCAAGUUGGCAGACAGUACAUGGAAGAGCUUGUUGAGUAUAUAACUAGAGUGCCAAAGACAUAUACUGCCACAAAAUGGAAACAACCAAAUGUCAACAAACACCUGCCAGCACCUCUCAGUGAUGUGCCAAACCCAUUGUCCUGGAAAACAUGUUACACCAAACAACAGGUGGAUGACAGCCUUGCUAAAGUUCAGAUGGUUGGCUUUGGCCAGAAAAUUGAUAUAUUUGGAGCAGUGACGGUGACAGCAAUUAGCUCUGGUUAUAGAAUGGGCAGCUCUAACUGGGUCAUCAAAUCAGAUUAUGAAAAAAUCUGCUACUUAUCAGGGUCUUCUACUCUGACUACACAUCCAAAGCCCUUAGACCAAGCACCGUUGAAGAAUAGUGAUCUCAUUAUAAUGUCGAGUCUUACUCAGGUCCCAACAUCAAACCCAGAUUCAAUGAUAGGAGAAUUCUGCAUAAGCACAGCUCUCACCCUCAAGAAUGGAGGCAAUGUUCUGGUUCCUGUGUACCCCUCUGGUGUGACAUUUGACUUGUUUGAGUGUCUCUCUGGUCACCUUGACAACAUGAAUCUAGGAAACAUCCCCAUGUACUUCAUAUCUCCAGUAUCAGACAGCAGCAUCGCAUACUCAAAUAUAUUCGCAGAAUGGUUAUCGUCAAGGAAGCAAAGCAGGGUCUACCUCCCAGAAUAUCCAUUUCCCCAUACAGAGUUGAUAUCCCAGGGGAAAUUACAGCAUUACAAAACGAUUCAUGGUGAGCUUAGUAAGAACUACCGAACACCUUGUGUUGUGUUUACGGGACAUCCAUCCCUGAGGUUUGGAGACGUGGUUCACUUCCUUGAGCUCUGGGGAAAGUCUAGCAGUAAUACAAUUAUAUUCACUGAGCCAGAUUUCUCAUACCUUGAUGCCCUUGCUCCAUUUCAACCACUCAAUAUGAAGGUGCUUUACUAUCCUAUCGACACCAGCCUUAACUUUAGUCAGGCAAAUAAACUUCUAAAAGAAUUAAAACCACAACAUGUCGUCGUAUCAGAGAAAUACAUCACACCACCGCCCAUGCUUAACAGACCUGAUCUUAUAAUAGAAAGUGAGCAUGCACCCAUCCCAUACAAGAGAUUUGACGUCCUCUCAUUACCAAUACGCCGGACAACAGAGAAGAUAGAGCUUGAGAUGGAGCUGACAGGAUCACUUAUACCAACAGAGUUAAAGCCAGGUGUUGCCGUGGCAAUGGUCAGUGGGGUCCUAGCGGUGCAAGACAACAAUUAUAUCCUUCAGAGUCCAACAAGCAGUAAUAUUGGGAGAAAACGGAAGCUGGAACUAGACUCCAAACCAUACAUGUGGGGGGACAUAAAUGUAUCAGCUUUUGUGGAUAACUUGUCAAAGCAAGGGAUCACAGACAUUAAGGUUGAAGACAGUCCAACAGGAGGACGUAUUGUUCACCUGACUGAUGAUGAUAUUCUCAUACAAUUGGAAGAGGGAUCUACACAUAUUAUUUGUGACAGUGAUGAAUCACUAAGGACUAAAAUAAGAGAUGCAUUAGUGAAGUGUCUUAACAGAUUAUAACAGUGAAUUCAUCUUAAUAGAUUAUAACAGUGAAU